AUGGAGCAGAUUAUCCUCUUGUGCCUGGCUUCCACCUUUCUAUCGGCCGUACAUGCUCAGAACUUUUUGUUCAGCCCAAAAUGGGGUCCCGUUGGCUAUAAAGAACAGGAAGAGUAUGAUGGGACAGCAAUGGAUGAAAUCAUUAAAGCUAAUGAGUUCCAAGCUUCCCGAAUUAUAGACGGCACAACCAGUCUCAGAGAGGGAGACAUUGCUGUUUCUCAUGGAAGGCGCUCCAAAGUCUGCUUUGCUCGUAGCUGCCUCUGGGCUAAGUCAGUGGAUGGACAUGUCUAUGUUGCAUAUAAGCUCUCACCUGAAUACUCGGAAAUGGAGGCAAAGCUCAUAAAGAAAGGGAUGGAAAGUGUAGAGAAAGGUACCUGUGUGCGGUUUAUUCCUCGAACUCACCAACGAGACUACGUCGACAUCCAGCCGAUGUCCGGCUGUUGGUCCUACCUUGGUGCACGUGGUGGAAGGCAGACCAUGUCUCUUCAGAGUCCCGGCUGCCUCCGCGUUGGAGUGAUCGCCCAUGAAUUCAUGCAUGCCCUGGGCUUUGUGCACGAGCAAUCUCGCUUUGACCGGGACAACUAUGUCACCAUCAUGUGGCCAAACAUUUGGAGGGAUCGGUUGAGGAACUUUGAGAAAUUCAAGACUGAGAGUCUGGACCUACCGUAUGACUACGGCUCAAUCAUGCACUUUGGGAUGUAUGCCUACUCUCAGGACGGGGAGCCGACCAUCAUUCCAAAGAACAGCCAGAACAGCAAGGACAUCCAGCUGGGCCAGGCGUCAGCUCUCAGCCACAUUGACAAGAUGAAAAUCAACAGGCUUUAUAAAUGUGCUGUCAAUGAUGAUAACUAA